AUGUUGGUUGGGCCACCAAAACCUUCACUUCCAACACGACGAUCAUUCAUCCUAGAAUGUAUUAUUCUUGUCUUAUCGACUAGUUUCCUUAGUACUUACCUCGGUUUUGUAGCAUCAGCUAUGAAUAAAACUCAAGAAUCCGAAUGUACAUACACUCGUAUUGAAGAUCUCUACUUUGGUGCACCACUCAAAUCAUUUGCUUACGUUGGAAUUAUUUUGGCUGGUUGUACGAUUGGUAUUAAUAUACUUGGUACGAUUAUCAAUCAAUUCUUUCUUCGUCUACCAAGUUUACGAAGAGUUUUCAUCUAUUUAUUAGCUAUUCAUUAUGCAAUAUCUUAUUUGAUAGUCGUCGUUUUUGUCUAUUAUUUUUCAGUCGGAGCCAUUCUUCUAUAUCAACCUCGUUCAGGUGGAUCGUGCCGUGUAGUAGCUCCCAAUCUUUACAAAACUCUUUUGAUAUGGCAAUCAAUUCGCGUAUUUUUGCCACUUCUUAUUUUAUCGUUUGCAUUGCUUGCUGUUUGUCUUGGUGUUGUAUGUGGAGCUUGUCUUGCAGCGUGUUUGCCGGCGUCGAUCACUGUUCCACUUCUCGAAAUGCUCCGAGCAAGACUACCAGAUACGCCAGGUGCAAUCAAUCCAAACCCUCCAGCAUCACCAGAUACUAUUGAUGCCUUGCCAAUGGUAGUCUUUGGUCAAGUGGCUGAUGAAUUCAAUCAAACUGAAUGCACCAUUUGUCGAGCUGAUUAUGAGGCCAAUGAAAGAUUAAAAAUAUUGCCAUGUGGUCAUUUAUUCCAUGCACGUUGUGUAGCUCAUUGGCUGUCAAUUACACGUAUCUGUCCUGUUUGUCGUCAACGCAUCACAUCAGCAAAUUUGUAG